AUGGGUCUGGGCGGGAUUAUCCUGCGCAUCUUUAGCAAUGGCAUCCGUAUACUGCAGUUCUUCGCUGCGGCUGUCAUCCUAGGCAUCUACUCCUACUUCCUGGCUGUGCUGGCAAACCACCAUCUCCCCAUUGCCAAAUGGAUGCGAGCCGUCGAGGGCAUGGCGGGCGCGGCCACCCUCUAUGCUCUGCUGGGUUCGCUGUUCACGGUCUGCCUCGGCGGCAUCAUGUUCUUCGGCUUCAUCGCCAUGGUGCUGGACGUCGGCUUCAUUGGAGCCAUGAUUGCCAUUGCGGUCUUGACGCGUGACGGCACGCAGAAAUGUACUGGCAACGUGCACACCCCGCUGGGCACGGGCCCGGCCGACUCCAAGGCCGUGGGUUAUGGCAAGAAUGGAUUUGGCUUUGGCCACGGAGAGACUCUCACCUACUUCCCCAACCUGGGUCUGGCCUGCCGUCUGGAGAAGACUGUCUUCGCCGUGUCCAUCAUCGCAAUUUUCUUCUUCCUCGUGUCCAUGUUCCUGCAGAUCCCCAUGGCUCGUCACCACCAGCGCGAAAAGCGGUACGGUCCCUCGCCCGCCAACGGAUACACGUACGGAUCUCGCCGUCGCUUCUGGCGCCGGAACAACCGCACAAAUCCAGACAACAACUUGCCUAGUCACCCCACUCCUGGUGAAGUCGAGGGCGGGUACAAAUACUAA